CUUCGAUUCUUCCUUGUGGAGAAUUCCCAGAACUUCUAUGAUGCCAAACCAGUAAUGGUAACCUUCCUGAAAACAGCAAGUUUGUCCAGCUGUGUAGGGAAUGUCAACAUCUGUAUACGACAGUCCGCUACGUCACAGGUAUUCUGACCGGAGCAAGAAGAGAAAGAACGAGAUAAGAUAGAGAAAGAGAAUUGUGGCGGAUCAUGUGAGCAUUUCACCUGUUGCUAUGAAACCUACCUGUAGCAGAUCCACUUGCCAUCCUUCCCUUAGAACCGAGGUCCUCGUGCCACUUUCUAGUCCUUGAGAAGGAAAUAUUUAGAUCACUUUCUCUUUUUAGACGAUUGAUUUCAUGGAAGUAUUUCUCGUGAUGGUGGAUCGUGUUACAAGUGGCAGGUGUUUGCAAUGAUGUCAAGCGAAUUAAUGUGUUCGAGACAAUAUUAUUCUAUUCUUAUGGAAUAACUUUUUCAUACUUCUUUGUGAUCAGUAUUUUUGUUACGCCUUUUUGGAUUUAGUGUUUUUGAUUGCAAAGAAAAAGGAACAUGUUUUAUGCUGUACUCUAAUUGGUGCAGAUGUGGUUUUUGACAGGGUAAAGUUUUAUAAAUUUGUGCUCUAAAACGUGUGCAAUACAAUAAUCUAGUCAAACGAAAGACAUAAUAUUUUAUUUCUUGAAAAAAAAAUAUCAAACGGUAUAUUUAUUCGCAAAAUGAUAUUUUACGUUUUAAAUAUUAUCCCGCCUGGUUGAGUCAAUCAAAGCAUUUUCGAUGGUUUCGUUGUCGAGUUCAUCAGCUACAGGACAUAUAGCAAAUUCAUCAGCUUUCGCUUCGGCAUUUAGCAGCGUGCAUGCACUUGCAGCAUCAAGCGCAUUUGCAAGAAGCUUCGCAUCAGCAUCCGCAGCAGCGUCAACUCGUAACAGAGCAUCAGCAUCUUCUUCAGCUUUUGCGACCAAUGACGUAAAUGUUUUAUCAGUUCCUGAAACUCCUGAUACACCUUAUCUGGACAGCAAUGCGACGAUUGACGUGUCUCCGACAAGUGAUGUUCCCAGCAGCAACGACUUUCCAGUGUAUGUUAUUGCAAUUAUAUGUAUAGCACUACUUGUGAUGACAACAACAUUUUUGUAUUUCUUAUGCCGUUGUUUGGCAAGAAAAAAGAAGCGGGAAAACCAGUUGGCCACUAUCACUCCUAAGGUGGCUGACCCACGGAUGGUCGGAGUUAGGGCCAAUCAGCCCAUCCAGUUUGUAGUGCCAACUACAAUCAUUGUCAGUGAAAAUACUGAAGAUUCAGUUUCCGAAACAGACUAUUCUUCAGGUGGGGCAAAAAACUUACCAAUUAUUUUGGACAAACGACGCAAACGUCCAGUAACUGGAUUCCACAUAAAUCCUGAAGAUUUACAGCAUGGACUAUACGUAGGAGUUAAUGCAGCUUCGAAAGAAGGUGCAUUCUUAGGAGAUCUUGGGAAAGUUGGUUUCUCGUUAAGUUAUAAUUUGCUGAGGAAUCAAUUGACUCUGAAACUUAUUGGAGCUACUGACUUGCCUUGCCAUUUCUUGAAAACAACAGCAAAUCCAUGUGCUAAAAUAGUUUUGCUUCCAGAAAGAGCUAUAAAGUACAUGACAAAAGUUCAGCGAAAUACUAUGAACCCGAUAUUCAACGAGACUUUUACAUUCAGCAUACUACGAGAUGAACUGUAUGAAAAGAAGAUUAAGAUUUCAGUUUGGGAUUAUGACAGGUUUUCACGGAAAUGUCUUAUCGGACAAGUAGUGUAUCCACUUAAGGAUUCUGGACUAGCAAAUGUGUCAGCGCCUGAAGCAGUUAGUGGAGAAAUUUGGAUUGAUCUGAAACAAGAUUCCACUUCGCAGUCUACUUCUGGAAAUGGCGAAAUGCUUUUCUCCUUGUGCUAUAACCCGGACACUGCUAACUUGUCAUUGAAUGUUCUAAAAGUUCGCGGAUUGAGUAUGCAGCAGGGUAAAGAAUUGUCUGUUUACGCAAAAAUAACUCUCUACGUCCGGAGAAAAAUGGCUCGCACUCGGAAGACAGCGUCAAAGCGCAAAGCACCCGAGUUGGAAUUCAAUGAUACCUUCAACAUCCAUGUUCCACACAAUGCAUUAGGUGACGUUGACUUACUGGUGACUCUUUGUGAAAAGGCUCCAGGUUUAGGAAGCAAACGUGUUCUCGGAAGGACUCAAGUUGGUGGUAACUGUUUGUGCAACCAAGGACUGCAGCAUUGGCAAGACAUGUUAAUGAGUCCAAAAAGCACUUGUGCACAAUGGCAUCUCCUUUGUGGAUAAAAAGUUUCUUGGCACAAAAAAUGGAAACCGUUAUAGAAUAAAGUAUCAAGCUUGACAUUACACUCCAGGGUCGCCCGUAUGUACCACAACACGUGGUAUAACCGAUUGAAUUGAGGCCCUGAGGACAAGUCUGUUUUUUUUAUCCAGACCAGGAGCUAAGCAAUCCUUGAUCCAGCGUCCCAGGGAGUAUUGAUUUGGAAUGGGUACUUGAAGGAUUUUGUGACCACGAGAGUUCCUGCGAUCCAGUCACGUUAACCAUCCACUAUUAAGAAACUUCGAAGACAUUGGACCGGCUGGCAUUGGAUCCUAAAUCCUCCAGUUACGAAUCCAACGCCUUACUAAUGACGUCACCACAGCCUUCUAAAAUUCCAGACAACAAAUGAUUGUGAGUUCUAAUAUUGUUUUCACAAUAGCAUAUUCUUCGAUGUAUAAAGCUAUUCAAUCAGCGCAAGUGUGCAAGAAAAAAUUGAAAGCAAUGAUGACAUUUUCUUGUGCAAUCUGAGAUUUUACGGAAAAAUAAAAAAAUCGCCGAUUAGGAACCAAUUAUGUUGGGAAAGUAUUAAGCGAUAAGAAUACAAGAUUAUGUUUUCCCAAGUUUAUAAAGCAUCUUUAUUUCUAAAUAAAUGUGUUUCGAUAUAAGUGGGUAAAAUAAAAUAUUUUUCGAGGAAGACGCAAACGAUCAUCAUCAAAUACGCAACACCAAUCAGAAAUUUCAACGCAAUAAUUAGCAAAAGUACUUUAUAGCAUAACUUGUCACGAUUUGUUUAUCAAGUUUACGUAAAAUAUGUAGUAAAAUAUGUCAACAGUCGCAUCAAAUCUUGUCUCAUUAGAAACGGGGAUACGCUCAGAAAAGGGAAGAAAAAGAAAAAUGCUUUGCGCAAAAGAAAACAAAAUGUACCUUUUCAGUAAUUUCUAGUCAUGACAAUCUCUACACAUUGCUUUGCCAUUUCAUUCGGUAUGUGCAUCGUAUUACUAGAGUUAAGAUACUUUCUUUUUUUUUAAUGUACAUAUUUUUUAAACUAUAACAAUGAUUCAAAGUUAUUAUAUUCUUUAUUUAUAACUAUUGCAAGAAAGAUAAUAUUCUUUCAUCAUAAAUUAAUGUUGUUUUCAUGUAGUUUUAUGAUCAAAACAUGUUUUUUAAAUAAAAGUUGCAUAAUGUA